ACUCUCUGUGGGCAGGUCUAUUCGAGCGUCAUUUCACCACUCCAGCCUCGCUGAGGAUAUCCUGAGUCUGACGAGCGGCAUUCAUUCGCGCGCAUCCACCCUCAAGCACCACUAAUCCUCCGAGGCGCUUCACCUUUGGGGAAUGAGUGACAUGGGCACAAUGGUGGCACAGCCCUAUCACUCUUGGAGUGAUAUGACCAACGGAGGCUGGAAAUGGCUAUCUGGUCUAGAUGACGAUAUCGGUGACAACAUCAUAGUGGCGCAUAAGCCAUCCUCAAUAUCUGAGACGCCGUCAAAGGCUCACUCUCCGGCUACUUCUGGCAGCGGCUUCGUGGCUCCGGCAACUGCUCAUUCUCCAGCCACACCCACUAGCAACCACAUAACCCGCGCCUUCAAGCGCAAUAUGGAAGACCAUAAUGUGGACUUUCUCCCAGACCAGGUCGAGGAGGCAGAGCACUACGAGUCGGCGGCAAAGAAGGUCAAGCUGGAAGACGUCGACGAGAAGCCGGCGAUUGGGCGCUUGUGGUGUUUGAGCGGACGGCCAUUGCCAAAAUCUCAGUAUAUACGAUCGAAGCCCAUCCUGAUUGUAAUCGACGACAGCGACGAUGAAGGGGAGAGGCCGGAAAGGCACUCACCUAGACCGCUGGCCGAAAUCGAACCAGCUCAUGACUUCAUGCCGGCGCCAACAGCACUCACGAAUGAGCAAAAGGAAAAUCAGCGCCUGAUAUCCCAGCGACUUCGCGAAGAGGCGCUGGCUCGGCGUAUUUCCGCCCACGCAACCAACCAUGGCGCGGAUGCUGCUGCAGAGCCGGUAGACCUGACGCAAGAUGACGGAAAUGAGGUAGAAAGGCGUGCAUCUCACGAGAAGCAACUCAAGAUGGCGUUCGCCGAACCGGAGGCAACAACGACCUCAAAAAGACCACUCACGGCAAACCUGGACGGAGGAGCUCGAGCAGCGCGGCAGCAAGAUGCAUUUAUAUUACGCGAGGCAUUCGGGACUGCAGAGACGUCGUUUAGCUCAGCUGUAUCGACCAACUCGGCGGUCCUGCACCCGCAGAUGACUCGAGGCACCCGCGAGCGACGGCGCGACGAGCCUGCCGAAUCCACCUUUACACCUCCUAACAAAGUCCAGCCCGCCGAGCAAAGCGAAGCACCGGCAAAUCGGGCUUUGAAUACACGUGGUGGAUUUGCGGAUACUACAAGCAGCUAUGCAGACCGCUAUAACAAACAGAGACAGCAGGAGGCGGCAGUCGCUUCGAAGCGUAGGCGUCAGGAAGUGACUCACAAGACGGAGGUCGUGAGGCAAUUAACUGGGAAGCGCUAUCUAGAAGCUGAAAGCAAGCGUCAAACAGCUGCCGAGCACCGACCUGAACAUCCGAACCUGGAGAGACCGCAACAGGGGCUAAAACUGCGCAAAGAAGAGCAGCGACCGAGUGCGGAGGCGACGGGCAGCCGGAAGGAGAGGCUUGAACGGUACCUGGAUGUAGAGCGUCGUCAGGAUGAUGAACGUCGUCAAGCCCUUGAUACAAAGCGUAGACUUUCCGAGCUCGAUCAGCCAAGGACUAAGGACCAGCCUGUUAUUUCUAGCAAGCAGGCCACGUUACCGAGAGGCGCGCAGACCCAGGAGCAACAUCCCAAUCAUGGAACGACGGCAAAGCACUUGCCUGUCGCAGCCGAAGCUCUGGCUGCUGCUGUGAACUCUUCGCCAACGUCAACACCAGAGGAGUCAGACUCAGCGGCCAAAGCUCGGCAGCAGCGGAUUCAAGCCAUGAAGGAGCGGAACACUCGCAACAAACAACAUGUCGACAAAGACUCAGACCAAGCACUCGAAGAAGGCGUCGACCGUCCACCUCCGGUUAGUCUUAACAGCUUAGCCGGCCGUGCAGCUAUCUCCACAAUGCUUUCAGAGCCUCGAGCGAUAGCAGGUGAGCUAAGAGAGCAUAGGGCUGCCCAUCGUGGUAGCGGCUCGCCGCAUCAAGCUCCUUUCUGUUCUGCGAAGACAGAGCAGAGGCGGCCACUUAGCCUCAGUAAUCCUGCGGGUCAGGCGGCCGUGUCUGAAGGUCUGCCACGUACCAGGAUCCAAGCGGAUUGUCAUCCAAGUCAGCGGGCUUUCAUGACUGGAUCGGAGAACAAAUCAAUGCUAGAAUCCAUUCAUCGCGCCGUUCCUACUCACAGAGCUGCCAAGUUCGUGUCUAAUGCUCGGAGAGCUGGACGUAUCUUGCCAGAGGACAUACAUUUGAUUCGUUGGCGCAGCGGCGGAGUUCACUGGCCUGAGGUCACGGACCAUUAUGAAGACAUGGCCGGCAAAAGACGAAGCACAGAUACGCUUCGAAGCCGACUCAGGCUUGUCUCUGGAGUCCUAGAGGAAUUGUCGUUCGACGAAGAGAUUCUGACUCGCGCCGCGCAGGGUCGAGAGGAGGCUGUCGAUACACUCAACAACGCCGUGAAAGAAGCGGUGAACACAGCCAUCGUCUACGCGCCUGUCCAGUCCUCAGCCUACUCUUCAGCCAAGGACUGCCAAAGGCCUGCUUCGAGCACUAAUCCAACGAAGAAGGCACCGACAAGCGAACGAGCUGACUCCCUAACGGACUGCGCAGGGCCAGCCCCGCAACAUCACGCGGUUGAUCUCGCAACUGCCUACCGACCCGCAAGUCCGGAAAUUGAGGUUCGGCAAGAUGGUCGUCCUAACACUGGUGGGAAGACGCUGAAUGCGCAGACUUUCCACUACUUCAUGGAUCAAUGGGCUAAAGCUCAAGCACAAACCUACGCUUCCAGUGAGGCAGAGGACGAAGAUGAUAGCGAGGAUUUCGACGAUCCAUACCACUUCGUUUACCAAGUUCAACGACGCGAGCUCUCCCAGGCAGAGGCGGACGAAGAAGGAGGCCUUCAGAUUCAGGACAUGACCUGGAUCGAUUAUAGUAGCCCGUGCGCAAACCAUAGCGCCGCUAAUACCGAAGCAUGCCGGCAAGCCCUUAUCUCGAACAACCCGGCGAUGCACGCGGCUCUCAUCCUUGGUGGCAACCUGGCUCGCAAACUUGACGACAACGGCUGCUUUUCUGCCACCCACCAAUGUUCAGCCGGUACUCUGGAAGUCCGGGUGGAAAGACGGCUUCAGACUGUCACCUCUGGCUGCCGCCCAGAUUUCGGCGCAGGCGGACAUUUGUCCCGCAACCUGUAUGUAGUAAAAGAAAGGAGCACCAUCAAUACUCGACAGACUUCGACAACAGAAGGAAGCACACUAGAUGCCGACCUCUUCGGCGAAGAGCCCGAGAACACGGUCGCCCGUGAAAUCAUCGCUGACGAUGUCGUCUAUUCUGCACUUGAGCUAGCCAAUGACCAGGCGAUCAGGCAUUUUGUCGAGAAGACGGUCAGACCGACCUUGAAUCUGACGGCCUGGAACUGCGCCAAGACAGGGGAGCGGAAUCGGUUGUCAGAGCUUCUGGCAGAGCAGGGCGAAGACGCCAUGUUCAGACAGGUUGGCGAAAGUAUUGGCGCUGAGGGCGGGCUGACAGUGAAGACGGAGACGGAGGUGUGGGUGGAGAGGGUGUGGUUGAGAGGACCACGGAACAUGUAACUUUCGGGACAGCUUUCGAGAUCGCUUCUGCUUCUCGAGGUUAGUGUGCCUCAUAGAAGGCCAGUUGUGGCCACUCAAUCGGAUGCUGAACGUCGAACAUAGCGUCGGCUGACGAUGCUGGCUUAAUCCAGAUGCACGGUGCAGACGACAUGAAUGAAUACCUUGGCAGUUCACUGUUCGGAAGUAACAGAACAACAAAUCGUAGAUUACACCAGGUAGCCCGUCAUACUGGCGAACACGUCGUUGGACAAGUGCAUCGACCUAGCUCAAGCACUUCCUCCACAUACCUGCCCAACCAGGAUCUACGCUUGACGGUAUUGGCCAUAUUGUGUCCUUCAAACAGCCUAGCCGGCAUCCU